AUGGCGCGAAUCUUGGCCGCAUUUUGCAGCGUGCUUGUGCUGCUGCUGGCCCUUGCGGUCUCAUGCUUGCGAGCCACGGUCAGCGUAGCUGGCGCUACCGGCGCCGGUGCUGCGUACCCAGAUCUGCUGGAUGCCGGCAUCACGCAGCUGGCAGCCGGCCUCGAGCGCGGCGACUACACCAGUGCUGACCUGGUUGCAGCGUACCUAGCGCGCAUCGAAGAGGUCAACGUUCACGGGCCCGGGUUGCGCGCAAUCAUCGAGACAAGUCCAGUAGCGAUCGACGAGGCUCGGCGCCUGGAUGAUGAGAGGGCGCAGGGGAAGACACGCAGCCCGCUGCAUGGGAUACCGAUUGUGGUGAAGGACAAUGUAGCGACGGAUUCCCGGUUGGGGAUGAACACGACGGCGGGUAGUUAUACCUUGUUGAACUCGAUCGUGCCCGGGAAUUCGCCGUCGAUCGCGACGCUGUGGAAGGCAGGGGCGGUGAUCCUGGGGAAAGCGAACAUGUCCGUGUGGGCGCAGGCGAGGGGGCUACAGAACCAAACGCAGGGUUAUAGCCCCCGGGGCGGGUUCAGCACCUCGGCGUACUGGCCCGCUGGCAACCCGUGCUCCUCAUCGUCUGGCUCAGCAGUAGCAGUUGCCGCGGGUCUCGCAGCCGCUUCCGUAGGCUCCCAGACGUCCGGGUCCAUCAUCUGCCCCGCGAACUACAACAACAUCGUCGGCUUCAAGCCCACCGUAGGCCUCAUCAGCAGAAGCGGUAUCAUUCCGAUCAGCGCGACCCAGGAUUCAGCGGGCCCGUUCGCCAAGACCGUCAGGGACGUCGCACUGCUGCUCACCGCCAUGGCGCACCACGGUCGCGACGAGGCGGAUAACGCCACCUGGACGCAGCCCGAACAUGUACAGAGGGGAAUCGACUAUGCAGCAGCCGACCAUUUCCAUACAAAGCUCGACCACCCGCUGCAGGGCCUCCGACUGGGCUAUUCGGGCGAGACGUUCUUUGCUAACGCUACCACGCAAGGGUUCGACGAAUCGGUGUCGAGUGCGUACAGGAACUCGAUCCGAGUGCUGCGUGAUUUGGGAGCAGAGAUGGUCGAAGUCACGCUGGACUGCAUCGGCGCGAACCAGACGGAUCCGGCGCAGACGGCGUUCUACAAUGCAAGCGACCCACUGCAGGACGUGCUGUUCCAGACAGAAAUGCGCUACGGUCUGGAGGCAUACAUCGCACAACUCCAACACGUCCCUUCGGCAGUAUACGAUCUUGGCGGGAUCGUCUACUUUGGCAUCGCCAACCCGUCGCUCGAGCUAGCCGGGAACCAGACCGACCAAGGCUACCUCAUCCAAGCGCUGCAAACGAGACCAAAUGCCACCGUCAACGCGUACCGAGAGCGCGGUUUCAAUCUCUCGCGUGCAGGCGGGAUCAAAGGCGCCAUGCAGCGCUACAACGUGCACGCGCUCGUCUCGCCGAGUGGUGGCAACGCACCGCUGUACCCGAUCGCCGACCGCGCGCAGUAUCCCGUGAUCGGUGUGCCCAUGGGCUUCUACGCCAACGACACCCGCGUUGGAGACGAGUUCCCCUAUUACCCUUUCCCGCGUGCCCCAACGGGGAUCAGCUUCACAAGCACCAAGUGGUCCGAGCCGCUGCUUCUGCGCAUCGCACAUGCCUACGAACAGGCGACCCUCGUUCGACAACAGAGGCAGCCCUACGCUGCUGCUCGUGCCAAGAGCCAGAUCAAGCAGCUUGUCCCACCAGGCGGCGGCGGGGAGGACAGCUCGCACCUCAGCUUCAACCAUUGA